GCACACGCCCUUCCCACCUCACGGCACGCACUGCGCAUGCGUGUCCUCCAGUUGCCAUGGUGACGCUGAGCGUCCCUCGGGCGGAUCCCGGCAGCCUGGACGGAGCAGCCUCGGGACUUGGCAAGGAUGGAAUCGCACCUGAUGCCUCUGGGGCCGCCCGUCAGCCGAGACCGAGUCAUCUCUGACUUUCCCAAGUGGUACACACCAGAGGCCUGCCUUCAGCUCAAAGAUCACUUCAACAGGCAGGUGCGAGCUGCUUGCCAGGAGCGGAGGACUGGCACAGUGGGGCUGAAGGUGUCUAAAGUGGUUGUCCUUGGAGAUCUCUACGUGGGGAAGACCAGCCUCAUCAACAGGUUCUGUAAAGAUGUUUUUGAUCGGGACUACAAGGCCACAAUUGGCGUCGAUUUUGAAAUCGAGAGGUUCCAGAUUGCUGGGAUCCCCUACAGCCUCCAGAUCUGGGACACAGCCGGACAGGAAAAGUUCAAGUGCAUUGCUUCAGCUUACUACAGGGGCGCCCAGGUUAUAAUCACCACAUUUGACCUAGCAGAUAUCCAGACCCUGGGCCACACCAGGCAGUGGCUGGCAGAUGCCCAAAGGGAAAAUGAGCCUGGCUCCAGCUUUGUCUUCCUAGUUGGGACAAAGAAGGAUUUACUGUCAGGUCCCGCCUGUGAGCGAACAGAGAUGGAUGCUGUCCAUCUGGCCAAUGAGAUGCAGGCCGAGUACUGGUCAGUUUCUGCCAAAACAGGGGAGAACGUGAAGGCUUUUUUCACCCGAGUCGCUGCCCUGGCCUUCGAGCGGUCCAUGCUACAAGAACUGGAAAAGAAAGGCAGCCGCCAUGCCCAGAUCGGGGCGGGGGCCUCCAUCAGUGUCAGAAGGGAGGAGAGCUCAGCUGCCAGCCAGGAAGGUGCCAGCCCCAGCAGCCCUGGGUGCUGCUAGGAAGGGACACCCUCAGUGGGGGCUGCUGACCUGGCACCAUCCAGCAGACAGAGCAUCUGUCCUCUGGGUCUGUGGACUCUGCUGUCUGGCUGGCCUGCAGCCCCAGGAGCUGCCUCUCAGCUUCCUCAUCUGUGUGAUGGGGGCGGUCACCCCGCACUCUGGGUUUGUGAGUGGCCAAACCCACCCUGAGAACUUGGGCCUGGGGGAGAAGAGCCCUGACCCAGAUCAGGGGCAGCCCCUGAGGGUGAGCUCCCCAAGACACUGAGACCUCCUUGGCUACCCAGACCUGCCCCUGCCACUCAGGGCCCCACCCGUUCACUCCCCAACCCAAGCCUGCCUCUUCUCUGCCCUCAGGGUCAGGCUUGUGGCCUUGACUGCACCUAAGCCAGGGUCAAACAGAGGGAACUGACCAAGGCCAGUCCCAGGGGCCACCCAGCUCCAAAUGCUGCCAGCCACCAAUCUGAUCCCAGACCCUCCCAAGGCCUAGACCACCAUCAUCUCUGGGGCCCUCACUUCCAGGAUCUAUUGUCAGCCCCAGGGCCAUCACCUCUGGGAUUGUUACCUCCUGGACCAUCAGCCCCAGGGCCAUCACCUCCAGGACCAUCCUGCAGGGCCAUCCCCUCUUGGGCCAUCACCUUGGCCUAAUCCCUGGCUUGAGGAGGUGGCAUGGACUGGAGCAGGUCCCCCAGCAAGGCAGCCAUGGAGUCAGCUGGAAUUGGGCAGCCAAGACCGAAGCUGCCACAGAAGUCCAUGGUAGGACUUGCCCACCAUAAGGCAGGCGUGUGUUCGUGGCUUUGGACCCCCAAUUCAGCACUGUGCUUCAGCCCCUAAAACGGGCUUGUGAAAGCCCCUCCUUAUUUUCCAGGGUUCCUUCCCCCCCCACCCCCAGCUGAGUUGUCAGCCAGCCUUUGCUGGGGGGCCCAGCGUGGGCAUCCCCACCUGUGCAGGCAGCCAUUCCAGGUGGGAGCAGUUGUCUUAGCAGGUCCCACAGACAAGGCUGAUCCCUCCUCCCUGUGUGAUGAUGGGUGGCUCCCAAGAGCCUUCUCCACACUGAGUAACCCAAUUCCUUCUGCUGAGCCUCCUGCAGCCGGACGCAAAGACCUUUCCUCAUCCUAGUCACCCUUCAUCUUACCUCAGAAUCGAACCUCAUGCCCCAGAGGAAGCCUGAACAGGACAGCAAGUGGUGCGGUGAUCCCCUCCCCACCCCUGGGAGCUGUGCCUCCUUUGAUACCCAAGGGUGUCUUCACUUUCUUGGCUGCUCCUUCCUCCUCUUGGCUCUCACUGAGCUUGUGGCUUUCUCAUACCCCCAGAUCUUUUUCAGACAAAUGGUUCUCCAAGCAUGGCCAUCCCUCUCUGGUACUUAUUGAUUUUUUUUGACCCACAUUUAUCACUAUUAAAUUCCAGUUUCUUAGAUUCAGCCCCAAAUUCUAGCCUGUGGAAAUCUCUUUGGGUGCGAAUUCUACCAGCCAGACCCCUGUCUGCAGUUGGUAGAGCAUGCCCUUGAUGCCUUUGUACUAGUCUUUGGCACAGACGGAUCCCUGGGGCCCUCCACUGGAGACCUCCUUCCAUGUCUGCUGUUCAUUCUUACCACCCAGUCGGGCACUUCCGGGCCCCCUCGGCUGUCCCGUGGCCUCUGGCCCUCUGUCCACAAAAGUACCAUCGAUCAACAAGCAUUUUCUCUUUGCAUUUUCUUUCCCUUCUAUUUCUCGCCCCCCAUUGAAGUACAAAAAAAAUAACUACAGUGCACAUUUAUGUAGGCCUACUGUGUACCAGGCAUGCGCUGAACUCUUGCAAUAAAUAAUAAUAGCUCACAUU